CGGCCAUCGGCCAUCCAUGUUCCUUCAAAUCACAACCCCAAGACUCUUGAACGACCGUAUUGCUUCACGCGCACACCACACUCCAACACUCCCCCGCAACAGCACAGCUUUGUGUCCUGUUUCUCUUCCUCUGCCGAAGCAGUCAUGUCUUCCCCAGCCGAAGAGGAAAGCUAUCACCCACAAGAUGCCAUUGCUGCCACCAUCAAGACAACGCUGACGACCGGGGCCGUUGGUCUUUUCGCCUCGUCCGUCCAGAACACCCUGCAAAAACGAAACUACGGCCCCUGGGGUGUCGUCACAAAAACAGGCGGCACAAUUGCUUUAUUUGCCUCUGUCGGCGGUGCGUAUCAGUUCGCGAGAAUAGCAGCGGCUAACCUAAGGGAGAAAGACGACCACUGGAAUGCUGCAUGGGGAGGGUUUUUCGGUGGAGCAGCUAUCGGAUUGCGCGCCCGAACGUUCCCCGCGGUUAUUGGUUACGGCGUGGUUGUGGCCACUGCACUUAGUGUAUUCGAAUAUACCGGAGGAAGUCUUGCAGGCAAGGGACAUGCUAAUGAGGAGGAUGAGUUUGAGAGGCGGGAAAAGCUCCGGAAGAACUUCCGUUCCCCGAUUGAGGAGACAGUUGCCCAGCUCGGGGAAGGUAGAGGCAUCCGCGGCGAGAACUACGAGGAACGAAGACGGCAGAGGCUGAAGGAGAACUACGGCAUUGACGUGCCUGCCACAGCACAACCCGCCAGAGCAUAAAAAAAAAUAAAAAAUACUUGCAUAUACAUUUUCCUAGUCAUAUAUUAGCCCUCACUUCCUUUUCCAGUCUUCUAUGUCCCUUUUUUUUCCUGUAGUAUAUAUUGUUGUCUCAGGACCCAAAUUCACUAGAACUUUGUCUCGUCCACCUUUUUUUUCCCAUAUUAGCACACAACCUCCGAUGUUAUACCCCAAGCCCCCACCCUUCCCUCUUUUGCCAUGCAUUGAAUAAUGCGGACAGGAUGAAGCCUGGCAGACUUUGUCCGGUCUCGUCUCCCUCUCGACCCUUCGUUCAUCGACGAAGAAUAUGUUUUAUUGUAUCGAUCGAGCAGAGAAAUAAAAAGUUUGCGAUAUUCGUCCACAGCGCCAAUUGAGAUACACCGCACACGCACGCGUAAGAGGGGAGAGGGCUUGUCAUGAAUUUUUUUGCAGGCAGAACCUUUCUUCCCUAAUGGAGCUCUUUUAUAAUUACGGUCCGGACUUUUUGUCCAAUCAUCUACAACUUAUGAAAUGUGAUUACAUGGAGCAGUAUAGUCUAGCUUAUGGGGAUCAAUGGUGGUGACUGCAAUGAUAUA